AUGCCCCGCCUUCCGGACGGAACCACCCUAACAGUGGGGACACAUCGCGUCACCGUCAAUGCGUUUCUCCUGGCCGGCGGCUUCUCGCACAUCUACCGUGUGACCAUGGACCCGCCCGAAGACGGCACGGCCACCGGGUGUCUCAAGCAGGUGAUUGUGCCCGACAAGAGCGGGCUAGCCACGCUCCGCAAAGAGGUGGAGGUGAUGAAAACCUUGCGGCGGGCCCGCUGCGUGGUGCGCUACUUCGACUCACACGCCGAGCGCCUUGCCGACGGCACCUACCAGGUGUUGGUGCUCAUGGAGCUCUGCCCGAACAAGUCGCUUCUCGAGUACAUGAACGCCCGGCUCCGCGAGAAGCUCAGCGAGCACGAGAUCCUCGCCAUCAUGCGGGACAUUGCGCUUGCCGUCUACGAGAUGCACCGCCUCCAGCUUGUGCACCGCGACAUCAAGAUCGAGAACGUCUUGAUCGACGGCCAUGGCCAGUUCAAGCUCUGCGACUUUGGCCUGGUGGCCCCGCCCACGCCCGUGCCGGCAGACCCUGCGGCCCGCGCCCACCUAGCUCACGAUAUCUUGUACCAGACGACGCCGCAGUACCGCUCGCCCGAAAUGGUGGACUUGUACCGCGGCGUGGCUAUCGACCAGUGCCUGGACAUGUGGGCGUUGGGCUGCUUCUUGUACAAGUUGUGCUACUACACGACGCCGUUCGAGGCCCAGGGCGACCUUGCCAUCUUGCAUGCGGCCUACGUGUUCCCGCCGGUGCCUCCGUACUCGGGCGACUUGAAGAACCUCGUGGUGAUCAUGCUCCAGGAGAACGCGGCCAUGCGCCCCAACAUUGUGCAGCUCCUCAUGUUGUUGGCGCGGAUGAUGCACGUCGACUUUGCCUCGCUUGAUGUCGAGGACUUUUACCACGCCGGCGAGUACGAUUUCCAGGCGUUGCACGAGAUGCAGCGCCAGGCGCUCGAAAGACAGGCGCUCGAGCGCGCCCGUGCCAUGGAGAGACAGGCGCUCGAGAAGGCGAGAGGCCGGAGCCAGGGCAGCGAGCGAAGCAAGAGCAGGGAGGCCAGAAGCCAAGAAGAACAUGGCGUGCCAAGCGGAGAGAGAACCGCCCAGAGCAGCGAAAGAGUUCAAACCGGAGAAAGAGUUCAAACCGGAGAAAGAGUUCAAACCGGAGGAGUUGCCCAAACCGGAGGAGUUGCCCAAACCGGAGGAGUUGCUCAAAGUGGAGGCGUCGCCAUUGAAGGAAGCGACGGACUACAGAAGCCGGACAGCCAUGAUUCGGUCGACGCUCUACCAUCGAGCGAAGCCAGCAUUGGUAAUGCGCCCGAUGGCAGCGAUUACAUCAAGCAGCCGUCUCAAGGUGAUAGCGCCGCGGUCGGUCUAGACGACGAUGCUUAUGGCACGGCCAACGCAGAUGGAAAAAUCGAGAGCGAGUCCGACGACGAUCUUGCGCUUACUGUGGAAGACGUCGAGGUGCGGUACCCUUCCCUCGAUGCCCUUGACGUUCCUGGAGAAAGCGGCAAGGACACGAUAGUCGACAUACCCGGAGUCAAAGCCUCUGUCUACGAAAACGUCGAGGCCUGGCAGCAAGCGCCAGCCUCUCUAGACAAAGACGCAGAGCGCUUGGCUGAAGCCAUUUUUGUCUCGCGUACUGGCUCCACCAAGAGCAGAGCAGUUUCCGAAAAGAGCGACACGGAGCAAGUUGUGCCUGUAUCGACGGACAAGCACGAGCUGUGGGAGAAGGACCCUUCUCAAGUCAAAGGUGAUUAUCCGCAAGUGCCAAAUGACUACUCGCAGGUGCCAAACGACUACUUGCAGGUGACCAACGAUUACUCCCAAAGACCAAACGAUUACUCGUCAAGGCCAAGUGACUAUUCGCGUAAGCCAAGUGAUUUCUCUCAGAAACAAAGUGACCACUCACAAAAGCCGGUCGAAUAUCCCCAGAGGCCUAAUUAUUCUCAGAUGCCUAGCAAUUACUCGCAAAAGCCAAGUGAAUAUCCAAAGCCAAGUGACUAUCCAAAGCCAAGUGACUAUCCAAAGCCAAGUGACUAUCCAAAGCCAAGUGACUAUCCAAAGCCAAGUGACUAUCCAAAGCCAAGUGACUAUCCAAAGCCAAGUGACUAUCCAAAGCCAAAGGACCUCCCGGGAAUAAGCAGUGAAUUCGAAAGAGACGAUCGCGGCCGUCUUAACGAACCCACGCUCUCAUUGAGCCCCGAAGAGCAAUUUUUCCACCAGAGACUGCGGCUGGCCUACCGUGCGUCAACGAACAAGCGUGAGAGCUCAAAUCCAUGGGGCAACAUGCUUGGAGCAUCGGUGUCUAGUGUCCCUGAUUUGAGCAAGCAAAUGUUUAGUAUGAACUUGGAAGCAGAAAAGAAUCUCAUUGAUCUAGCCCAUGAACCAUCUCCGUCUGUGGUGCCGGUUGCACAGUAUGAAGAGGUGAGUUUGCUUGACUUGAAUAUGGAACCUGCAUUACGCUCAGAGAAAGAAGUUAGAGAACCGCAAGAAAGGCUAGUACCAGAUAUUGAGGCUAAGAUGCACGUGGGGCCAGAGAUUAGAGAAGUCAAGCCUGAGGCAAAAUCGAGGCUGGAACAAAUACGUGAGCAAGUCAGGGAACAGAUCAAGGCCGAAGCUCUCAAACCAGAUGUACUUAGACCCGAUGGUCACCCCGAGGUUUUCAAGCUGGAACCAAUCAGAAAGGAGCUUCGUCCGGACGCCAAAGUUGGAAGGACUUCUCGCUCUGAGGAGCCUCCACUUCCUCUUCGUCCAGAAGUUAAAGCUCGGGCGAGGUCCAAGGAGAAGAGCAAAGAGAAUAAGGACAAGGAGAAGCCUGUCUUCAAGAAAAAACUUGACAUUCAGGCCCAGCCUCUUGCGUUUCAGGAGGAGGUGAUUGAUUUUGCAUCGGACGACGAAAACACAAACUCUGAAAUGAGCCGUGUGGCCAUCCGUGACUCUUUGCGGCGCCCAAAGGGCCGGCGCUCAGGCGACCAAAGACGGAGCGACAGUAAUCACGACUCGAAGAAGCGGCGCUCUUUUUUCUCUUCCGAUUAA